AUGGCUUCCGCAUCCACCAGCCAGCGCAUUGAGGAAGCGAAGUCGCUUGCAGCAAAGGACCCUGCCAAAGCUGAGCAGAUCUACAAGGACGUGCUAUCAGGUGGCAUCGGGAAAACAGAGUCAGCUUCUAAAGAUUAUGAAGCAGCUUUAGUGGCAUUGGGAGAGCUGUACCGUGAUAACAAAAAGGCACACGAGCUUGCUGAUCUAAUCAAAACGAGCCGUGAUGCCUUUUCCUCGUUCGCCAAAGCGAAGACAGCCAAACUCGUCCGUCAACUGUUGGAUCUGCUCAGUGAGAUCCCGAACACAGUCGAAAUCCAAAUUGCUGUCAUCAAGUCUUCGAUAGAGUGGGCAGUCUCAGAACGCCGAUCCUUCCUCCGACAGAGCUUAGAAACGCGUCUCGUCGUGAUUUACAUGCAAAAGCAAUCAUAUUAUGAUGCCUUGACGUUGAUCAAUUCUCUACUCCGAGAGCUGAAACGGUUGGAUGACAAGGUCGUGUUGGUUGAGAUCCAGCUACUGGAAUCACGAGUCUACCAUGCACUUGGGAACCAGCCCAAGGCACGCGCAGCCCUUACUUCAGCUCGGACAUCCGCAUCAGCUGUAUACACACCACCAAGUCUACAAGCUGGGCUUGAUAUGCAGAGUGGAAUGCUGCAUGCAGAGGACAAGGAUUUUAACACGGCAUAUUCGUACUUCAUUGAGGCGCUUGAAGGCUACAACUCGAUUGAUGACACGGAGAAGGCGACAGCAGCAUUGCAGUAUAUGUUGCUUUGCAAGAUUAUGCUCAAUCUUGUUGAUGACGUGACCAAUCUACUUGGCUCUAAGCAAGCAUUAAAGUACGCGAGCACGCGACUUGAGGCUAUGAAGGCUGUUGCCCGUGCCCACGCCAACCGAUCUCUGGAGGAAUACGAGAAGGCGCUUUCAGACUACCGAUACGAACUUGGAGGCGAUGUUUUCAUCCGCAACCACCUCCGUCGACUUUACGACGCCAUGUUGGAACAAAAUCUCAUCAAAGUGAUCGAACCAUUCAGCAGGGUAGAGAUUGACCAUAUUGCAAAAAUGGUUGGUUUAGAUACUCAGCAAGUGGAAAGGAAACUAUCGCAGAUGAUCCUUGACAAGGUAAUCAUUGGAGUGUUGGAUCAAGGUGCCGGGUGCUUGAUUGUCUUUGAGGAAACAGAGAGGGACAAGGGCUAUGAUGCGGCAUUGCAAACGAUUGAAAAGCUCAACAAUGUGGUCGAAGUCUUAUACGCUAACCAAGCGUCCAUGUUGGAAUAG